AUGAUACAGUCGAACAACACACGCCAUGCCACCCUCGCAACUCCCGCGGCGCUCGACGACCCCGUCGACGAGGCAGACCAUCCGCCGCCCUCCUCGUCUAAUCGCCCCCCGCACCGUCACUCGCGCCUCCUGAGGACACUCGCACUCGCGCUAUGCUUCUUCACAAUCCUCUACAUCGUACCCACCGCCUCCGCCGCGUCGACAGACCGUGUAGACGCCUCUUCGACCUCGACGCCUUCCUCCGUCAUCCACUCGCUCGCAUCGCUCACAAAGCGCCAAGCCGAGGCGGUAGCAUCGACAUGCGCCUGCAAGGCCCCUGAGAAGCGCGGGGCGGCGUUCGCCGUCAAGGCCGCUUUCAUCCCGAUCCUCGUCGUGCUCAGUGGCAUCACGGCCGGCUUGACCCUCGGCUACAUGUCCCUCGACACAACCCAGCUCAACGUCCUUGCCAAGACCGGUACGGACAAGCAGCAGAAGGCUGCGCGGAAGGUUCUGCCGUUGCGUGCGAAUGGACACUUGCUCCUCGUCACCCUCCUCGUCGCCAAUAUGAUCUUCAACGAGACGCUCCCCAUCGUCGCCGAAGAACCCCUCGGCGGAGGGUUGCAGGCGACCAUCGUCUCGAUCGUCCUCGUCAUCAUCUUUGCCGAGAUUGUCCCUCAAUCCGUCUGCUCUCGCUUCGGCUUGCAGAUCGGCGCCGCCAUGGUCUGGCCUACCCGCGUCUUGAUCUACAUCUUCUUCGUCAUUGCCUGGCCCGUCAGCCGACUCCUCCAGUUCCUCCUCGGCAAACACGAAGGGAUCGUCUACCGCCGCGCCGAGCUCAAAGAGCUCGUCGCCAUGCACGCUGCCUCGGCUGGACACGGCGACUUGCAGACCGACACUGUGACAAUCGUCGGCGCGACGCUCGACAUACAGGCCAAGGUCGUGCGAGAUGCCAUGACGGACUUGUCGAACGUCUACUCGCUCCCGAUCACGGCGAAACUCGACUACGAGACGCUCGGCAAGAUCCUCAAGUCGGGUCACUCGCGCAUUCCUGUCUACGAAGAGGUGCUAGUCGAUGGUCCUCUCGCUGGCGAGAAGAAGACGCAGCGCAAGAUCAUCGGCGUCUUGCUCACGAAGCAGCUGAUUCUCCUCGACCCCGAAGAUGGCAUCCCCCUCCGCGACAUCCCCAUCAGUCCCCUCCCCACCGUCUCGGAACACCUCCCGCUCCUCCAAAUCCUCAACGCGUUCCAAGAAGGCCGGUCACACAUGGCCGUCGUUUGUCGCGCGAAACCUGCGUUCCCGCCUCCGACGACCCUGUCGCCGAUCCCUUCGCUCGACACGGCGACGGACGUGGAUUUGGAGAGGGCCGAGGGAGGAGAGGGGUUGAGGAAGAGGAGUCGGUCGCGUUCGACGAGCGGAGGGGGGAGCGAUGGAGAGAAUGGUCAUGGCGACGGCUUCUUCCACAAGCUGUUCAGGAAGAGGAGCGGGUCGUCGAGUUCGACCAAGUCGGACGAGGGGAAGAAGGAGGGAAAGGGCAAGGACGACGAGCGUCAUAGGCGUCACAGCUUGCUCGGUGAUGCGGCGGCGGCGACGAGUCAUGUGAGCUUGAACAAGCAGGAUUUGGACGAGGCGCAUCCGGUGGGAAUCAUCACGCUCGAGGACGUCCUCGAAGAGCUGAUCGGCGAAGAGAUCCUCGACGAAACCGACGCCGACGAGACCCACCAACCGUCGAUGCGCUACUACAUCCCCGAAGAAGCCUCGUCGCGUCUGACCGACUUACCCGGUCCUCCUCCCGCGCCUUCAACAGGGUUGGGCCGCCAGCCGCCCCAGACGAAGCCUACGCUCGCGGGUGGGAUCGCGAACACGGUUGGGAGGAUCGGGAAGGGAAUGGUGCCGCGGUCGAGGAGCGCGCCGGGGAAGAACCGUGCGGAAGCCGGGGUGGGAGCGGGGCAGAGCUUAAUGGGCGAUGGGACGCCCAUCACGGGAAGCGGAGGAGGCAGCGUCGCGGGCGCACUUGGGUUUGGUGGGGGUGCGUUCGGGGGAGGAAGGAGGAGGAGCGCGUCGCCUGGUGCGGUACGAAGGCUGCGGCGGGCCAGACGACGAGGUUCGCGGCGAACCCGACGGUUUAUACGUCGCCUGCGACGCCGGGCCCCAACUCGUCCUUCACGGGCAAGCCGAUCGUCCAAGAACCUGCCUCUCUCGACCACAGCGCAGCCGCCUCGACCGCGCAGACUCCUCCAGCACCUAUCUCGAUCCUCCGCCGCCAGUCGCCCGCCGCAUCAGGCUCGACGACGCCCGUCUCGACCGUCCCCUCCUCGCCUCUUCCGCCUACCGAAACCGCCCUUCACGCACCGACGCCCACUUCAGCUACCAGCGCCUUCCCCCGCCUCUCGGACGCAGUCCUCGUCGAGCGCGGACGUCGCAAGCUCGUCGCGCAGGGCGCGAACCCGUCGAGUUUGUCGGCUGCCGAGUGUAUCGCUGCGGCUGGGACGGUCGGGUCGCAGCCUGGUAGUCGGGCUGCGACGCCGAGUGGAGCAGGGAGAGUCGGGUCGAUGA